AUGGGUUCAGAGGAGUUUCAAAGCCUGUUAGAUGCUACUAUGUCUAGCUCCCUAAGCAAGGCCAUAACCAUUACCCACCAUUACCCAUUCUAUAACACAUGCUCUGAUGCCGGCACACCCUGCCCCUUAAUCCCCCUUGCAGACUUCUGCCAUUUCUGAAAUAGUAUUGCCGGGCCAUAAAGCCCUGAGCAAGCGCAAACACGCAAAUGACCCUCAUCACACCCAGGAGAUCCCUGGUUUGACAGACACGCCUCAGGCUGUCUAUGAUGGCGCACAACAACCGCGCAUUGGAGCCACUGGCUGGGCAAAAGCGGCCAGACAUUGGAAACGGACAAGGGCCCAAGAUGUGAUGUCCGAUUCGGACAAAAGGGAGGAGGAGGGAUCAGAUGACCCAUACUCGGAUCAGUAUGAGGAAAAGAUCUCUGAAGGCGAAGACCUUCCAGGGAAGCAAUUCCCAUCCGCAAUGGCUAAAGCAGUCCUAACAACUGCACCGUCGGAUGAAACAGGAUCAAGCAAAGUCCAGGACACAAAAGCGACCCUUUUGUUCGAUCCGGAUAAUCUGCGCCACCCUCGCUCCGCAGAAUGGGAACCACCGGAGCAUAUUGCGCAGUACCUGGCGCUGAGAGUGCAUAAAUCCCUGUCCCAAGAGUGUCGUAAUAAACUAAGGGCCAACAUGGUGGCAAAAAAACCCUAA